GGACAAAUAUUUUUUAUCCCAAAUUUAACAAGUUAAUCAAAAAUUUCUGUUGAAAACAUUAUUACAUUUUAGUUUAGAUGAUAAACAAAGGGGAAUCAAAUGAGGAAUAAGAAAUGUUCUUAAAAGAGCAUCUUACAUUCAGAAACACCCGUCCCUUGUUAUGUCAACAGAUUUAAUGCAAAUGCCAUACAUGUACUUUACAGUUAAGACAACCGCAUAGUAGAAGGGGUCUGAAAAAGUAUAUAAAAACAUUGUUUUAUCUUAGAGCCGCAUGCCUCCAGAUUCAUGCUUAUUUUGUAAUAUAUUUCAAAUCUUUUAGAUAUUAUUUUAUUAAAAUAUUGACAAGUGAACAAAGACAGUAAUAAGCACAUUACAAGCGGCACUUUUAAUUCACGUAAAUUACAAAGCAAACAAUAGCCCUUACUGUGCUAGUCACGCAGAAAUAUGGUGCUAUGUAAGUACUGCAACAUCAGUCUUUUAUAGCAUAUAACACGUAAAUUAUUCCUUGAAUUGAGAGUAAUGUUACUUUUCUUAAAGUCAUGGUAUAUUUUUCUAGAAGUUGAAUUUCUUUAAAUUUGUCGUGUCAUUUGGAGGCAUGCUAGUCUGGAGUUCCCUCCCCUUACACUACGUUAUCAGUAUUCAACUAAGGCAGGGAACCAGACUACAGGCACGCGACAUCAUUUUCGGUACAUAUAAACUCGUGUGUUUAUUUAGAAACAAGUAAUUAACUGCAUGGACAUUCAAAUAUUUGACACAGUUAUAUUUAUAAAGAGCCUCAAUGUAGGGUUUAACAAUACCCGAUGUAAUAUGAUAUAUGCUAAACAUUGACUAAAUUAAAUGUAUUCUUAUUAAUUUCUUAAUAUACAUAAGUCUAUCUUCAUGAUCUUGGAGAUCAUGCCAUCAAUAUAUUAGUACAUUGUAUUUAUACAAAAUCUUGUCUCCACACAAAAACCAAUUUUACGAUAACGUAAAAUGUUAGCUUAUUUUAAAGAGCUCGAAAACAUACCUUACUUUCCGCCAAGGCCCUACCAUGUUCUACAUCUAUUAUUUGAACAUUUUUUUAUACAGAUGAAGAACAAAAUGAAAUACAUUUAGAGGCUUAAUAUGACUUUAAAUAAUUGCAAUGACGCAUGCCGUUGACAGUCGCCAGCGAGUAAUUAUAAUAUGACGGGGCGGAAUCUUUUGUAUACGUUUACUUUAAAGGUGGUACAAUAUGUCCGAUAAUUGUGUCGAUUUAUAUCGGUUACAGAAUACCAAUAUUCAUAAAAGAUAUUUUGUAGGUCGAUACUUAACUAUUAACAAUAUGGUAUAAUUGUUUAAAUCAAAUUCUUUGAAACCUUCGCGUUCAUGGAAUUCAUGAAAGGGAACAUGUACGAACUUAUUUCGGCCGUCAAAUAAUACUUUAAGAAAUAAGAACCUAUGUUAAAGACAUUCACCCUGUCAUAAGUACAAGGCCUAGCAAGGAAUGCUUAAUAUCUAACAGUUUUGGAAUACCUUAUAAACAUGACGGACAAUGCAAAAAUUCACCCUCUGUCAACUCCAAGUGAGCAAUCUGGUGUAUUACAACCACCGAGGACAGACAAUCUAUACCAAGAGAACUCUAAACAGGGUAACGCCCAGCAGCAACCAACAGCAGUGGUUGUGACUCAGCCAGAAAAUGCUGAUCAAGCAGCAGCAAGACGCCCUCCAAAUUAUCUUCCCUGCGCAAUCUUAGCUUCCUGUUUUUGUUUUUUGUGUGGACUAUAUGCUAUACAGGACGCAGUACAGGCCAACAAUUUAGCAGCUCAAGGAGAUAUGAAGGCUGCCAGAUCCAAGGCCAACUGGGCAAGAAUCGAGAUUAUCUUCAGCUUUGUGUUUGGAGUUGCUGUAAUCAUCGCUAUUAUUGUCGUUCAAUCCAUUUAUUUAUAAUAAAAUAGUAUUAUCGUUUAUAUUGAUAGAAUUUUAAGUAUCUGGGGUUAUUUUUGUUAUUAAGAGAAAUAUAAUUUUUACUUUAGUGUCCGGCUUUAUUUGUCAUCCAAUUAAAACGCUGUAUUUCUUUAAAAUAAUGUGUGUUAAUGUUCAUAGAAGAACAAAAGACGAACGGAUACUGUAUCAUUUUCCGUUCAUCGUUGCCUUCUGUUUUCUAAAGUACUGCGUAACAGAAGUAAUUUCUAUAAAAUUGCGCAUAAGCUGUCCUAUGCCGCUUUUGAAUAUUGGUUAAGUUAAAAUGAUGUCAAAAGGUCAACCUACAUUCAUUUUAGCGGUAAGCUGCUUUAGUAAUAACAACUUCUGGAGAGACUGGUCUUUUUGAGCGAAAACAGCCAAAUUACUAACACUGAUUUGCUGCCGCGCAGAACAAAUUAGUUCUAAAAAUGUUACAAACAAUUACCAAUGAUCCGAAGAUUUUUCAUGUGCUGGGCCAUUAUAUCAUGAUAUAAUUUUAUGUGAUUUUGAUUACUCGAAUGAGAUUGUGAGAAUAAACAUUUAAAAAAAAUAUUAACAUAAACUUGUUUAAGUACGCCCGAUGUUACUUCGCUGAAUUCCGUGAACAAUCCAAACUCCUCGCAGCGGUUACUUCCCUUUAUCAGUACAGUCUACGCCGAAGAAUUAAGUGGAGAUCACUGCGUGGAGAUUGUGAACAAUUGUUUUUAGCGGUUUCGUGUGAUUAGAUCGUACAACGUGCAAGUGUUAUUUAAUUUUGUUUUAGGUUUAACUUAUACAAAUAAAUAUACGUUACUUAUUACU